AUGACAUAAAAUUGUGGCAGCACCCAAGAUUUUUCUUGUCCUUCACUACCGAUAGAUUAAUAACGAUUCGUCAAGAUAACUUAAGUUGAUAAGUUAUUCUUAUAGUAUGAAAACCACAUCUUGGUCUAAGGUUUGAAAAGAUGAUAAGAAAGAAUAUAAAUAACCUCGAAACUCGACAUGUAAAAACUCGUCAAAAUUGUAUAGAAUUAGUUAAAGUGCAGAAUAUUUAUCAUAGCUGGAAAAAAGUUGCAGCCAAAUCAUGUCUAACAUUUUAAGAAAAAUUAUUGAUCCUAUCAUUGGGAUUGAUGAAGAUCAACUUCAGAUUAAGCAAGAACUUGCAACAGAUUCAGAAGACGAAGAACAAAACUCUAUUGGUGCUCCAGUUGAAUCAAAUAAUCCAUUAGGUUAUAACUUAGAUUAUGUUUCUGCUUUUUAUAUGGUUAUUCAAGGUAUUAUCGGUACUGGUAUCUUCUUAACUCCAGCCAGUGUUUUAAAAUCAAUUGGGUCAGUAGGGGCAAGUUAUGUACUUUGGAUUGGUGGAUUUUUCAUUGCUCUUUUUGAAAUCUUUGUUUAUAUUGAAUUUACUACAUAUUUUAGAAAAAGAUCAGGUGGUGAUGUGGCAUACUUAGAACAAGCAUAUCCUAAACCAGAUUUCUUAGUUCCAACCAGUUAUGCUGCUGUUUCAGUUAUUUUAUCCUUUUCUGUUAGUUCAGCUAUUGCAUUUGGUACUUAUAUUAUAAAUGCUGCUGGUGUUGAACCAAGUACUUGGAAACAAAGAGGGGUUGGAGUGGCCAUUUUAACAUUCACUGCUGCUCUUACUGCGGUAAAUUCUAAAUUAAGUUUGAAAUUAGCUAAUCUCUUAGGGUUUGUUAAGAUGGUUUCAGUAUUCUUUAUUAUUAUCACUGGAUUUGUCGUUUUAGGUGGAGGUACCAGAGUUAAAGAUCCUCAUUCAAUCUUUAAAAAUGCAUGGGAAGGAUCAACAAGUGAUGGUAAUGCUAUUGCUAAUGCUAUUAUUAAAGUUUCAUUUUCAUAUGGUGGUACUCAAUAUGUCUUUGGUUUAGUAGGAGAAUCUAAUCCUAAAAAGACUAAGAACUUAUUUAGAUAUUUCAUUCCUGGAGUUGUGGUAUUUGUAUUCUUACUUUAUAUUUUAUUAAUUACCACAUUUUAUGCCGGUGGUGGUACUAUCAAAGAAAUUGAAGCAUCAGGUAAUUUAGUGGCAGCAUUAUUUUUCAAAAAUGUAUUUGGUACUAAAGCUGGUUCUAAAGCUUUAAAUGUUCUUGUGGCCUUAUCAGCCUUUGGUCAUUUAUUAGCGGUAUUUGUGGGUCAUUCAAGAGCUUUAAGAGAAUGUGGAAGACAAGGUGUUUUACCAUAUUCUCAUGCUUGGACUUCAACUAAACCUUUUGGUACUCCAUUAUUAGCUGUAAUUGUUACUUGGGUAGUAAAUUUAAUUGUAUUAUUAGCUCCACCUGCUGGUGAUGCUUAUAAUUUUGUGGUAGAUGUUGGAUCUUAUUCUGGAUAUUUCUUCAAAAUUUUAUUAGCCGUUGGAUUAUUAUUAGUGAGAAGACAAAGAAAGAAAGAAGGUUUAGGUUAUAACGGAUUUAAAGCUCCAUUACCAUGUAUCAUACUUACUCUUUUGUUUUAUGUUUUCGUUAUUGCAGUUUCAUUCGUUCCACCAAAGGGAGGUUCAUUAAAAGGUUCUGAUGUUUCAUUCUUUUAUGCUACUUAUGCUCUUACAACCAUUGGUAUUCUUAUUGUUUGUGUAUUAUAUUAUUUCGUAUGGGCCAAGCUCUUACCAAGAUUAGGAAGUUAUAAACAUCGUCUUGUUUAUUAUAAUUUAAACCAUGGUGAAAGAGGUCAUACGGUUAUUAAAGUUAAGAAUGAAGACAUAGCUAAAUUUGAUGCUGAACAUGAUUCAACUGGAAGAUAUAUUGGUGAAGAUCAAGAUGGUUCAGUUGAAAACAUUGCUAUUACUGUUGACUCUGAAAAGAAAGCUUAGUCUUACAUUAUAAUUUAA